CGUCUCGUCUUCCCCGUCAUUUUGCGGAUCAGCGAACCCAAACGAACAGGGACAGGGAGCGAGCUCGGACCUCGGAGGCCACGCGCGACGAGAUGCCGGGGCUCACGGCGCCGUCCGACUACGCGGAGGAGCCGCCGCGCCACCCGGCCCUCAGGAUCAACUCCAAGGAGCCGUUUAAUGCUGAGCCUCACCGGUCGGCACUAGUCACAUCUUACAUUACCCCGGUGGAUUUCUUCUACAAGAGGAAUCAUGGACCCAUUCCAAAAGUCGAGGACCUCUCAAGAUACAGUGUUUACAUUUCUGGUCUUGUCAACAAGCCUAUUCAGCUGUCCAUGGCUGACAUUUGGGCUCUUCCAAAGUACAAUGUCACUGCAACUUUACAGUGUGCUGGAAACAGGAGAACUGCAAUGAGUAAGGUACGGAAAGUGAGAGGUGUUGGUUGGGACAUAUCUGCUCUUGGAAAUGCAACUUGGGGAGGAGCAAAACUAUCUGAUGUCCUUGAGUUAGUUGGAAUACCCAAACUCAGUUCGGUUACAUCUUUAGGAGGGAAGCAUGUUGAGUUUGUUAGUGUUGACAAGUGUAAAGAGGAAAAAGGUGGUCCUUAUACUGCAUCUAUUCCAUUAAAGCAGGCAACAGAUCCUGAUGCUGAUGUAUUACUUGCAUAUGAAAUGAAUGGAGAGGUCCUCAAUCGUGACCAUGGAUACCCACUCCGUGUUGUUGUUCCUGGUGUUAUUGGUGCACGAUCUGUAAAAUGGCUGGACAGUAUCAAUAUAAUCGAGGAAGAAUGUCAGGGUUUUUUUACGCAAAAAGAUUACAAAAUGUUUCCACCAACCGUGGACUGGGACAAUAUUAACUGGUCAACUAGAAGGCCACAGAUGGAUUUUCCUGUACAGUCUGCUAUCUGUACACUUGAAGAUGUGGAUGUUAUUAAGGAAGGAAAGGCCAGGAUUGCUGGAUAUGCACUUUCAGGUGGUGGCCGUGGUAUUGAGAGAGUGGAUAUAUCUGUUGAUGGGGGUAAAACCUGGGUUGAGGCUCGCAGAUAUCAGAAAGACAACGUGCCAUAUGUAUCUGAUGGACCUCAGAGUGAUAAGUGGGCUUGGGUUCUCUUCGAGGCUACAUUAGACAUACCAGCAAAUGCUGAGAUAGUAGCAAAGGCGGUGGACUCAGCUGCGAAUGUCCAACCUGAAAAAGUGGAAGACAUAUGGAACCUGAGAGGAAUCCUCAACACAUCUUGGCAUCGGAUCAAAAUACAGAGUUCGUCAUGCAUUGGAAGAUCUAAGCUGUGAAAUAAGCAUGUCUGAAAUCGUGGAGCAAUUAUGGUGGUGAUCCUUACGAAGUGUUACCAUUGUACCAAAAUAAUAACAAGUGUCAUUUCAGCUUUCAGUGUUUCUCGCAUCGGACUGUAACAUACGUGAUGGGGCUGUGUCGUAUGGAAUUGGAGUUUGACUGUGACAGUAUGAAUCAUGUACCGGCAGCAGCAGCUGACCCCCCGCCCAAAUACGGAUAAAUGCAGAUGUUUGGUAUGUGAUAUCAAGAAAAUGUCAUUGUAUUCUGCA